GUGACUUUAACUAAUAUUUUUUCCCUGUAAGUUAUUAUUAACUUCACUUUCAUCGGUCUCCGCGGUCGCUCCCGACGUCAUCUCGCCUACGCCGCCGGCAUUCGUUGGCUUCCAUCUGGUUGCGCCGGCAACGACCACCUAAGAAAUUUGAAGGACACCAUAUUUUACAGUGCUCGUGCUGCGAUGACUGUUUCCACUCUAUUUUCCUGUUCUUCUGGAAAUGGAUUGCAAAUUUCAAAUGCAUCAACAAACUUAUUUUCUGAUGUGAAGCCUUCAAUUUCCUUAUACAAGUCUCCACUCUUUCUCAAGCCCUUUAAUAAAUACAAAAAUAACUCAGUUGCAUGCCUUAACACCAAGGGGCUCUUGGUAAUGGGUCAUUCAAGAAGUCAAUUUUUAUUCAGAAGUCAAUGCUCCUCGGUUGAGGUUGGAAAUUUACCUAUAACAGCAGAGCCAAAGUUUCAACUUGUUGACGUAAUCGAGUCCCAACAGUUUGAUAGAGAUACCUUAGAUUAUAUAUUCAAAGUGGCUCUUGAGAUGGAAUCAAUUGAGAAGAAUUCAUCUGGAAGCAAGAUAUUAGAUGGUUUCUUAAUGGCCACCUUGUUCUAUGAGCCUUCAACAAGAACUAGACUUUCCUUUGAAUCUGCAAUGAAAAGGUUGGGAGGGGAAGUUUUGACAACUGAAAAUGCAAGAGAAUUUUCUUCAGCAGCAAAGGGAGAAACUCUUGAAGACACUAUAAGGACGGUUGAAGGAUACUCUGAUAUAAUUGUGCUACGUCACUUUGAAAGUGGGGCUGCCAGAAGAGCAGCUGCUACUGCAAAUAUUCCAGUUAUUAAUGCCGGAGAUGGCCCAGGACAGCAUCCAACGCAGGCUCUUUUAGAUGUGUACACAAUCGGAAGAGAGUUAGGUAGAUUUGAUGGAAUAAAGCUGGGUUUGGUUGGUGAUCUUGCUAAUGGAAGAACAGUUCGUUCGCUGGCUUAUUUGAUUGCAAAGUACCAAGAUAUCAAAAUCUACUUCGUCUCCCCUGAUGUUGUGAAGAUGAAGGAUGACAUAAAGGACUAUUUGACAUCAAAGGGCGUCGAAUGGGAAGAAAGCACUGAUCUAUUGGAUGUAGCAUCAAAAUGUGAUGUUAUAUAUCAAACAAGGAUUCAGCGAGAAAGAUUUGGUGAGAGAAUAGAUUUGUAUGAAGCAGCUCGUGGAAAAUACAUAGUGGACAAGGAAGUUUUGAGUGUUAUGCCAAGGCAUGCAGUUGUGAUGCAUCCCCUUCCUAGACUUGACGAGAUUACAUUGGAAGUGGAUUCUGAUCCCAGAGCUGCUUAUUUUAGACAAGUAAAGAAUGGACUUUACAUAAGAAUGGCUCUUUUAAAGCUUCUACUUCUUGGUUGACAAUGAAAGGAAGUUUAACUCUAAAACAAUUGCACCCAGUGAAAAUCACUGUGAUCUGAGAAUGAGAAGAGAGAUUUUUUUUUUAUUUGCAAUAUCCGUUUGUUUGGAUUUAUGUUCUCAUAGUUUAUUAGAUGAGUUUUGAUUACAUCUUGAAGGAUUGUUUUGUUCUAAGAACCAGAGUGGACUUGUAUCUUAUUUUUGCUCCUCUGGAUGAGACUGAGUCGAAUCCUAUUUUUCUACAUGAGUGAGCAAAAUGCAAACUAUAGCGAAUUUACUCCUUUUUCA